AUGAGGGGAGAGGGAGUGUUGUGCAGGAAGUGGACUCCGGCACUCAAGAAUUUCAGCCAGAGUGGUACUCCUCAUUUGGCCGACUACUCAUGUGUUCUUUUCGAUUUUUUGAACUUCUCGAGCAGUGAAGGAGUUGCAAGUGGUAUUGAAGCAUUCGAAAAUUUUUUCAUCACUCGAUCAAAGGUUCCAAAGGCAUGGGGGGUUUUCUCAGCAAAUAGAACCAAGUGGGAGAGAGUUUUUGCUACUUUGGUUGAUAAGGCAAAGAUCGCCGAGGAAGUGAAGCGCACUGAGUGCCAGAACCGUGAUAGAGAGAGAGGUAGGAAUAAGAGGGAUUCAGAGCCCUCAAGUUUCGUUCUAAAGCCUAAGAAAAAGGCCAGAGUUGAUGUGCCGAUGAGAGUUGUGGCUCCCAUUGGUGCUACUGGACAGCCGUUGUGUACUGACUGUGGUAGGCACUAUCAGAGCGAGUGUUGGAAAAGAACUGGGGCAUGUUUGAGGUGCGGUUCUCUAGAGCACCAUAUUAGAGAGUGCCCACGGAGGUCCGAUCAGAUGCAAGGUUCGGGUAGUAAUACUAGGGCACCGGGCAGAGGUGCUGGUCAUAUUGAGGCGAGCCAGCCGGCUCUAGUUUAUGCUGCUUAUCGUCCAGUGGAUGGAGAUGCUUCAGACGUCAUUACGGAUAUAGGAUCCACUCACUCCUAUAUAGCUUGUACCGUAUCUAAAAACUUGGGUAUAUUGGUUGAGAGAACUACGAGUGAGGUCACUGUACUGAGUCCGUUGGGGCAGUCAAUAAAGUUGGUUAAACACCGAGUAAGCUUAGAUUGUGCCUCGAAAAAGGUUGUACUGAGAACUGCGAAAGACAACGAGGUAGUCAUAAUUGGAGAGCGAUGGAACCAUUUAUCGAAUGUGAUUUCUGUAUUAAGAACCGAAAAGUUGGUUCGUAAAGGAUGUAAGGCGUAUUUGGCUUACAUCAGUGUUUCAGAUUCUGGGGACACUUCGUUUAAGGAUAUCAGGACAGUUAAGGAGUUUCCAGACGUUUUUCCUAAAGAGCAACCUGGGUUACCUCCGAAUCGUAAAGUAGAGUUUGGGAUUGAGCUCCUUGCUGGUAGAGCUUUAAUGUCUAUCGCCCCUUAUAGAAUGGCACCGAAAGAGUUUAUGGAGCUUAAGGCCUAG